CGCGUCGGGAGGAGGGAGGAGGGACGAGGGGGAGGAACCGGAGACUCAACCUGACCGCUCCGUGUGGUGGAAAAAACACACUGCACUCAAACGUACCCCCCCGCGUUGUGUUCGAGUUGAUUUGAAGACCACCUGAUGCGACAAACAAACAAGAUGGCGGCCUCCUACCGCCGUUUUCGGUUGCAGCGGCGAUACUUGUCCGUCUUGUGUCCGGUACGCAGUCUAUCUCCAUCAUGACCAUUCCGGCUCUUGUAUCCUGGACUGUGGAGCCAAUGAGCAGCACACGGCCCACAGCGCCGGUGCGCGUGCGCGUGCGCGUGCACUGCACCUCCAGGCUGCGGCCGCGCGCUCCGCCUCAGUCCGACUCUGGAGCAUCAUGGACGAAGCGCAGGCGACUGCAGCAGCCGAGUGAAGAGGAGGACGAGCCGCAAUCGGACUGGGAUCACCGACACACACGCACACGCACGCACACACACACACAGCACCGAGGAGGACACCUGAGCGGUGACGGCGGCCAACAUGAAGCAUUUCCUCAGAGCGGUGACCCAGUUCUUCGUGUUCCUCUACUGUAAACUUCUGUGGCGGGGCCUGAAGUUCGUCGUCAGGAAGUUGACGGGACGCUGCGAGCUGCAGCGGAUCUGCUACAACAACAAGCACGGAGCUCGCAGGACCCUCAAGAUAGAGUCGUCCCUGAGGUACUCCAAGACUGGGCAGCUGCAGUCUGCACUCGGCGUCCAUCCCGACAAAGUGGAGAAAACCAUCGACGACAUCAUGGCCCUGAAGAAGAUCAACCCUGACACCAACCCACAGCUGGGCAUCUCCCUGCAGGCCAGCCUGCUGCAGAUCGCCGGCUACAGGAGCCUGACGAUGGAGGUGGAGAAGCUGCGCAGGGAGCCGUACGACUGUGAAAACCCGGAGCACGAGGACAUGCUGAUGAAGCUGUGGAAGGAGCUGCGUCCCGACCAGCCUCUCACCGGCCGCAUCUCCAAACAGUGGUGUGAGAUCGGUUUCCAAGGCAGCGAUCCCAAGACGGAUUUCAGAGGCAUGGGCCUCCUGGGCCUCCAUAACCUGCUGCAUUUUGCAGAACACGACAAGGCCACUGCUCUGCAGAUGCUCAACGACUCCCUGCAACCAAAGCACAAGAGCGCACACCGGAAGCCAAGUGAGAUGAACAAGCCUGAAUGGGAACAGAAGAACCUUGACAAAGCUAUUGGCUUUUCUUUUGCCAUCGUGGGCAUCAACAUCACGGACCUGGCCCACUCGCUGCUGGUGAGCGGGGCGCUGAAGACCCACCUGUACAACGUGGCCCCGGAGAUGCCCACUCUGCUGCACUUCCAGCAAACCUUCUGCUACCUGAUGCAGGAGUUCCACCGCUUCUGGAUCGAGGAGGACCCCAGCGACAUCAUGGAGUUCAACCGCGUGCGCUCCAAGUUCCACCGGAGGGUCCUGCGGCAGCUGAGGAACCCCGACAUGGCUCUGUGCCCCCACUUCUCCGCCUCCGACCUGGUCAACCUCUAAACACACACACACUCCUGACCCCCUCACCACACACCUCCUCCACCCCCACUCAGCCCCCUCCCCACUACAGAGGCCUCCUCUGGGCGUUUUGGGUGAAAACCCCUUCACACCCACGUGGAGGGCUCUAUUCCCUCUCUGCUCCGCCCACCUUGUCCCAGCUAACGUCAUGCCGCGUCACUGCCAACAGCUCACACACACACACACACACACACUGUCUCUGCGUCCUCACUGCAGCGUCAGACCACCAGCAUCAGAGACGACCAUGGCGAUUGUAGCUCAGCAUGAGGAGGCUGCACCGCACACACCGUCACACACUCAUUGUUCUCUGUUGCUUUAAUGAUUCAUGACGAUUGUACCACAGCCGUUACACCUCAGUUGAAAAGAAAACCUUGUUGCUUCUUCUAACGACGAUAUAUUCAUACAUAAUAAUAAAAUGUAAGUUUACAUAAAAUGUUCAAGAAAUGUAGCCGUCGCCGAUUCGAUGAAAAUCAAUCCAGCGACACGGGGGUCGGCUCAUCUCUUCGCUUUGACUGCGUCAACUAACUCCUGUGGAUUGUACUGUAGGUACUUUGUGUGUCGACGUGACGUGAACACCUGAGACUUCUACUUAUUGCCAAAUUAACGAAUGUGGAGAACUUAAAGAAUCACAGCAGCAGGUUGUUUCUCAUGAGCUCAAACUGAAGUUCUUUGUAAACCUGUUUUUUAAACGACGUUCACGAGUAUUUAAAAAAAAAAUAUAUUGUUUGGUUGAGUUACACAUUUUAAAUAUGUAGCAUUUGGCAGCACUGCACUAAAAGAGCUCCUUCUCUUGCAAAUUCAUAUUUUAACAACUUUAUUUCCUUUUACGUCAAAACGCGGAGGAAAUGCAUAUUUAAAAAAAUAUAUGUUAUGCCCUUUUUUUUUCAGGUUCGCAAAAAUACGUUUUUGCCUUUUGAUUUGACCCCGUGCACAUGAUUCACGAUUGUCUGAUUCUGUUUUUAAUCCACUGAAUGUGACACUGCGUCCACUGUUGUAUCAGCCAAAGCAAUAAUUCCCAUUGCGCCGCACACUUUUAUUCAUUUAUUUGAUUUUUUUUUAACGUGUUGCUUUGCACCACGCGUGCCUGAGUGUUUGUGUUUGUGUUGCUCUCUGACUUCGGAGAUGAGAUCGAUCGACCUGCGCGGUCGUAGCUGCCACGUGUGAGCAUUUCCUCGGGAGGUAAAACAUCACGGCUGUAAAAAUACACUUCGGUGAGGUCAAACGUUAAUUAAUUCACAGAGAAAGAAGUGACAGGUGACAAAUGCUGGAGACGGAGGCGUCGACCAGCCAGUCUUCGCUUCAGGAGCAAGAGCUCCAUAUUGUACUGCAAUCUCCUCAUUGACACACUGUUCCUACUGGUCAGCUUCCGCCACUUAGGGAUUUUUUUAACCCUUCUUUUAAUUGGUUGAGAGGUGAAAUGGACUUUGAGACUACGAGUGAAGUCUGUCUCUAAGUUUAUUUUUACUACAUAACUGUCCUGUUGAUCAUGUCGCGAUCCCUUAAAUUUUGUGGCAACCCGCCCUCGUUUUUGAAGCCUCGAGUUUUCGCAUUUUUGACCGGCGCCAUCUUGGGUUUUUUUUGCGAAACCAGACGUAGAACGCCACCUCCACCUGCAACCAUGCGCCGAUUGGACGGCAGCCGCCUGUCAAUCACGCUGCGCCCACGCUCCGAUGUACACGGUGCGAGAGGUGGAAUCAUUUUCUCACAGACUUCCAUAGAAACCAGUGAGUCGCCCUCUGCUGGUGAUUCCAGAGAAUACAGGCUUCGGGCCACUUCCUCGCUGGCUUCAUUUUCCCGACCCGGCGACUACGUCCAGUGUGUGGUUGGGAACCAACUGUAGACGACUCCUCAUUCAUAACAAUAGGACUCGUAGGACGAAGACACACACACACACACACACACACACACACACACACACACACACACACACACACACACACACACACACACACAAAUCAGUCGUCGUCUACGGAGCUUCAGCUUGAUGGCCAUCUCAGCUCCGAGUCACACUUUUUCGCUUUCACUGAACGAUAAAUGAAAAAAAAAAAAGCCCAAAUCUGUCCCGCGUGUCGCUCGUCUCUUCUUCAGCUGCGUUGCUCCUCACGAAACGCGCGGCCGCCGCGUUCCACCUUCACGAGCGUCCUCGUCGCGUGCGUGCUGCGGACAGCUCCCACAAGUGUUCUCACCAGAAAAAAACGCAACUGUACGAUAUAUAUAUAUAUAUAUAUAAAUAUAUUUUUCGGUUUGCUUUGUUUGUUAUUUCACUGCCAUGCCUGCACUGUUGAUUGUGUUCUAAUAGUAUCGAAAUAUCUUCGUCUCAUUCACGUGAAUGUCGACGCCUCUUCGUCAGUGUUACGCAGCUGUUUGCUCCGGCUGAGUGUCGGCGCUGGUUUCAUCCUCCUGCUCGCCAUUUUGUUUUUCCUGCUUCGCUGUGGUCAGCUUCGCACUAUACUGUCAAGACAAACUAAUUUAGCAAUUUUAACUUUAUGAUAGCAAAUCGGCAACUUGUGCUAUUUUGGAGCACGAGGGGCCGACGCGUCUCGUGACCCUGUGGGUGAAGUUGGGUUCACGCUGCUGUAUAUUCCGCGUCCAAGCCGCCUGCAAGACUGCAAACUGCAUGACCAUAUGUCAGUGUUUUCUCCAGUAAAGCCAAAAAGUGCUUCUAGAUGUUGUGACUGUGUGCUUGGUUUGUGUGUGCGCUGUACUUUUUGAGACCACAAUAAAAACGUAAUGUCUGUAAA